UUGACCUGAAGCCACGCCCAACCAUUUUUAUAUAUAUUUAUACACACACGUGCAGCGCUCAAUCGAGAAUUUAGACGCUGAGGUGAAAGCAAGCUGUCAAAUGGAGAAGAAUACACAGGUCACUGAAGAGCAAAGAGUUCGUAAUGGUAUUUGUAGACAGUUUGUGAACGGUUCAUGCAGCUUUGGUCAGCACUGCUUUUAUCGGCACGAAUAUCCUGCUGCUUCUUCAGCUCAGGUGUGCAGAUACUUUCAGAAAGGAGGUUGCUGGUUUGGUGAAAACUGCAGGUAUCUUCACAUUGCUGGACCACAUAGGGGACUUCUGCUUAGGCGUGGUUCGGUGCCAGUAGUCAAUACUUCUACCUUGCCAGGCCAUGGUUCGGCUUCCCUACGGGGUUCUGAGCCUUCACUUUUCCCUGUGUUCGACCCGUUCAACUCUGGGAGACGUGGCUCUGAACCCAUGGUCACUUUCAACUGGAGGAGACGUGCCAGUGAGCCCUUGGUCACAACUUCAAGCCACCAGCAGAUUUCACAAAGAGAAACAGCAGAUAUUGCUGAGGAGGAAGAGCAUGCUGUUUUGGAAGCAGGGUCUACAGGUCAUCAGCAGGAGGAAGGGUUGCAGCCACUGGAAAGGGAUAACCCUAGUCUUCAUCAUUUACCUUGCAGUAGUCAAGAUGAAUCCACAUCUCAGGAGAGUGGUGCAACUGCUUCAAACCCAGGACUGUUUAUGGCCUACAAUGAAAGCAAAGAUGUUGUCUGCGGUAUCUGUAUGGACAAGGUGUAUGAAAAAGCCACGGCACGUGAGAGGCGCUUUGGAAUCCUGCCUAACUGCAGUCAUGCUUUCUGUCUUGGCUGCAUCAUGACUUGGCGAAAGACCAAAGACUUCCAGGAGGAGGUUAUAAAGGCCUGUCCACAGUGUAGAGUGAGGUCCUCUUUUUACAUUCCCAGUAAAUAUUGGGUUUGUGAGGGUGAGGCGAAAGAAGCGCUAAUUGCAUCAUUUAAAGAAAAGAGCAGUAAAAUAAAGUGCAAUUUCUUUUUGCGGCAUGGAUGCUGCCCCUUUGCGUUAGAGUGCAUCUAUAGCCAUGAACUACCACCAGGGCACCAACCUCAAGGACGCUUUAGACAAAAGAAUGCUUUGGAGAUGCUGGAGGAUAUGGAUAAUGAGGAGCAGCGACUUUUGGGAUACCUUAUUGCCCUUGCUCUUUUGGAUGAUGAUGAGUUUGAUUUUAUACAAAUUGACCAUGUUUAGUUUAUGGGAGGAGCUUCCAAUCCUGUGCCCUUGAGGUUGUUGACAUGUAAUCGAUUUGUGAUGUGCCACUUGGACCCUUGAAUAGUCCAUACAGACCCUGUGCUUCCCCUUGCACUAAAUUGCUUAUCUGCAUCUGGCUUUUAAAUUAUGCUGCCAUUUAAAAGGAAUAUUUUUUAGGCAGCCAGGUGUAAAGUUUUUGUACCUAUUAAAGUCUAGAAAUUCUUAGGUUUAGUACUUGUUUAUCCUAUGUACUGUUAUUGAAGUCUCAGAGUACCUUAUAGUAAUUUGCACAUUUGUACUUUACUUCAGUAGAUUUUAAUAAGUAUUCAGUUUUAUUUGUGUAAAUCAGGCCAGGGUGCUUAACUUUACUUUUGGAUAGCUGGGUCCAGCAUAAAUUUAGUUUGCCUGCUCCAACACCUGGUUACAGGCUUGUGUUAAUGGGAAUUUAUCAAACUGUGCUGGACCUUAGGAUCAGAGUUGAGUGCCUCUAGCCUGAAAUCUGCUACUUGAAACACAACUGUUACUCCUGUUGGACUAUACACUGCUUUCUUUAAACAUUGAUUUAGUCUGAGAUAUUUCACUGUAACCUGUUUAUUGUCUUAUGGAAAUUGUUAUACUUUCAAAAUGCAAUAUACAAACCAAGACUUGAUAUUUUAUAACUUUUAUUAAGUGUUUGCUUAAAAGGGUGGAAGGAAAAAAAAAGAACAUAAUAAAGUGUUUGGUUUGCCUCA